AUGGUUUAUAUGCAAAGCUAUAAUGUCUUAAGAAAUAUGCGAUCAAUUGGACAGCCCGUCGACAUCACUAGAGAGCAAAUGGCCAGGCUCACCCAUCGAAGUAAACGCAUUUCACGACCCCAAAUCCAAUUCAAUCACAAUGGCCCGGCUGCUGUGAACUACGGGGCCAUAGGAUCGACUAUCGGACACGAGUUGACGCAUGGGUUUGACGACUCGGGAAAUCUCAAGAAUUGGUUCACAGAAAAAGCGACGGAAAGGUUUGACGAAAAGGCAAAUUGUUUUAUCCAACAAUACUCGAGUGAAUACGUACCGGAAGUUGAUAUGAAUUUGAACGGAAGGAAUACUUUGGGAGAGAAUAUUGCGGACAACGGAGGCCUCAGAGAGUCGUUCCGCGCGUUUCAGACGUACGUCAAGACAUACGGAGAACCACAACGACUGCCAUAUGUCUCGCAAUACACACCACAACAGCUGUAUUUCCUUUCAUACGCAUCCACUAAAUGCAGUCUCAUCCGACAAUUAGCAUUAAAAGCAAAUAUAUAUAGUGGAUCUCACAGUCCCAACAAAUACCGGGUUAACGUUCCCUUAUCCAACUUUCAGCCAUUUUCCGAUGCCUUCAAUUGUAAAUCCAAUUCCCCGAUGAAUAGGAAAGACAAAUGCAUUUUGUGGUGA